CGAACGCGCCCGGGCACCCAAGCGCCGCUGGGCCGCCCCUGCCCGAGCGCGUCCCCGCAUCCGGAGCUGAGGGAUGCCCCACCUGGGCAGCCCGGCCGCACCUGGGCAUCGGGCCCGCCCCACCGCACGGCCCGGCCUCGGCCGCCCCUCCCCUCCCCUCAUCCCUCCCUCCCCCCCUCGCCGCGCCGUCAGGUGCCGGGGCGGGCACUGCGCCUGUGCGGCGGCCGCGGGCGCAGCCAGCCCAGCCGGCCCCGGCGGGACGCGGCGGCGGCACCGGCGGGAAGAUGGCGGAGCCGGGGGCUGCGCGGAGCCACCCGCGGGCCACAGCUAUUGAUGGAUUUCUAAAAACUGAUGAAAGACAAAGACUGGCAAAGGAAAGAAGAGAGGAAAGGGAGAAAUACCUUGCUGCUAGGGAGCAGCAGAUACUGGAGAAGGAGAGAAGAGCAAAACUUCAGUAUGAAAAGCAAAUGGAGGAGCGAUGGAGAAGACUGGAGGAGCAGAGGCAGAGAGAGGAGCAGAAGAGAGCAGCUGUUGAAGAAAAGCGGAGACAAAAGCUCAAAGAGGAGGAGGAACGUUUAGAAGCCAUGAUGCGCCGGUCCCUCGAACGCAGCCAGCAGCUGGAGCAGAAGCAGAAGCGAUGGUCGUGGGGAGGAGCACUGGCUGCAGGCUCAGGAGGCAGAGAUGGUGAAUCAGAAAAUACCCCACCCCCUGUUCUAGGUUUAGCUGCCAACACCCUUCCUCCAGACCCUGUGACCUCCACUGCUCCUGCUGAUUCCUUCAAUGCAUGCGACAAACUUUCAGCUUCUACAAUGAAUCUGCCAAAGCAAAUGGAGUCGCCGAUCAGUAAACGCCUCUCAUCCUCCACAGUGGCCAUAACGCAUUCCCCCGACAGAGCUCACCGCAUGCAUCUUAGUCCAGUGGAAAACUUUAUUGUUUCUCGACUGCUGACUCCCACACAGUCAUCUUUAGCCAGAAGCAGAAGUACAUUAAUGCUUUCUGAGCAGUACAAUACUCCAGUAUUCCAUAUCUGUCCCCGUGUAGCACCAGCUAGUCCUCUUAAAUCUCCCUACAAGCCUUCCCCCACCCGAAGCACUGACAGGAAGAAGGCAACUUCACCCUCCACUGCCAAUGCCAUGAAAGGGGCACCUGCAGCUGAAGUUACUCAGACUGAGAAGAUAAAGAAGGAGAAGCGACCUGCAACACCUGGUUCAUCAUCUGGUAUGGGAUCUCCUCUCAGAAGGUCUGAUUCUCCUGCUGCCAUGUCCAGAAGAUCUGCAUCACCUGCAACACCUAAGACAGUUGCAAAGACUUAUCCUCAGUCUCCUAAAAAUACCAAACAAUAUCCAGCUUCUCCUGUGAAGCAUCGUGCCACUUCCAAUAUCAGCCAGGAAACACCUAAAAAGAAAGCAGACAAGGAGAAAGAAAAUGUCAGUCACCUGAAGACCCCAGGAGCACGCACUGAGGACAUGGGCCAGGUGACUCCUGAGAAGCACGUGCCUUCUGCUGGAAAGCCUGAGAACAGUGAAGGGAAGAUCACAGCAGGAACAAGUGAUGCAGAAGAAGCUGCAAAAAUUCUAGCUGAAAAAAGACGACAGGCCCGCCUGCAAAAAGAACAAGAGGAAAAGGAGAAACAGGAAAGAGAAGAACGAGAAAGGCUUGAAAGAGAAGAGCAGAAAAGAAAGGCAGAAGAAGAGAGACUGCGUCUGGAAGAAGAAGCUCGUAAGAAGGAGGAGGAAAGAAAACGUGAAGAAGAGGCAGCUAGAAAAAAGGCAGAAGAGGAAGCCAGAAGAAGAGCUGAGGAAGAACAAAUGCUAAAGGAAAAGCAAGAAAAAGAGCUCCAAGCCAAACUUGAGAAACAGAAGGAAGAAGCAGAAAUCAAAGCCCGUGAGGCAGCUGAACAGCUUCGUCUUGAAAGGGAACAAAUCAUGCAGCAAAUUGAGCAAGAAAGGCUGGAGCGGAAGAAGAGAAUAGAUGAAAUAAUGAAGAGAACAAGGAAGAGUGAAACCCCAGAAAUAAAGAAGGAAGAGCCAAAACUGGAGAUUCCAUCAACUUUGAAUGUGGAAAAGCAACCAAAGACCCUUGUUCUCAACCAGCCAGAGAUCAAUGGAUUGGCAACCUGCCUGAAAAAUAAAAGCUUAGAAAGUGCGGCUUCUGUAAUCCCUUCUCAAGAUGUAGUUGCUAAUGGACUGAAGUCAGUUUCAGGACUUAUUCAGCUGGAAGCUGUUGAUGGGAAAUUUAACAGCAUGGAAGAUUCAACAGAUGAGGUUCAGUCCAUGGAUGUGAGCCCGGUUUCAAAAGAAGAACUUAUCUCUAUCCCUGAAUAUUCACCCAUGAAUGAACUCAUGCCAGGUGUUUCUUUGGACCAAAAUGGGACAAGUAAUGCCAAGGCUCUUGAAGACCUCUUGGAUUUCACAGGCCAAGCUACCUACUCCAAGAUGUCAAGUGAUACCCUUAGCCUAGACGACUGUAACAAAAACUUGAUUGAGGGAUUUAACAGCCCAGGACAAGAAAAUACACUUAAUUCUAUCUGUUGACAGCCUUGCUUUUCAGCAGAACAGAUACAGAGGUAACAGUUUCUGGAGGAUAUAUAUCCCUGUGAUGCUACUGGCAGUAAAAUAUGAGCUUGUCACUUGAAAAAGCUUCUGCAGUCCUUGAACACUGGAUUUCAAAUAAUCAGAGCUGAAUAUAACUUGUCUUCCCAGGGAAUAUGUUGAAUAACUGGCUGCUUUUGGUAGAAACCAAUGAUGUUUCAGGGAAGACAGAGCGUGCAUUAGAAUUUGAGCUUUAGCUGCUAAUAAAGCACUUAUUUCUUCUUUAAUUUAAAAUUCAUCUCAACACUUCACUGUGAUUUUUACCUGUGCAUUUUAUUUUUAAAUAAUUAUUUCCUAAGCUUGAUCAUACAUCCAUUUAGACAUCUUUUUCUUGUAAAUAAUGAUGGGGUUUGCCCACAGUGCAUUGAAACAAAAUAAUAUACUGUAGUUUGGUGCCUAUCUUUUUUUUUUUUGUCUUUAAUAAGGAGUUAUUUGCAACUUUUAUGAGGUGUGUAAUUAAAAACUGUAGCUGAAGAGGCUUGAAAAACAUAUAGCUGCUGGAAUCAAAAGAGCCUUUUUACUGACUGUGGAAUAUGGGAACUAUCCCUUUAUGAUUAUGUUGACACUUUUAGUCACUAGUAGCACUUACCAGUUAAUAUUUAUUAGUCUGGGAGCAGCUAUCAACUGUGUUUGAAAUCAUACUUGUGUAACACUUGUAAUCAAAGUAGGCCAAAUGCCAAGUAUAACCCCUUAAUAUAUGUGUAGUAUAGCUGUAGUAGAUUCGAGUGAGUGAUCAGGAGGGUGACACAUUAACCUUUGAAUAUGCAGACACUUGAUUAAUACCAGCAGGCUUUCUAUCACACAGAGAAGUAUUUUGUCUUCAUGUAGGCUCAACAAAAUGGGAUUUGGUCAGCAGCAAAACAAUAUGUGAGUACCAGAAACAAAGGCCAAAAUGCACACCAGGAGCACUGGGCGCCCUUAACGUUCUGUAAACAUCUGUAUGGAACAGUCCACACCGAGAUGUACAAGGUCAGGACGUCAUGUGCUGUACAGUGUUAACUUUAUUUCUGUUGGUGAACCUUUAUGCUAGGUCAGGUACUGCUUUGAGGACGUUUUGUCCAGUCUCUUGUAAGAAUAAAUUAUAAAUACAACUCUCUUUGGACACUAACACAAAAUAUGUGAAAACUUGGGGGGGGAGGGGGUGUUUGGCUUUUUUUUCCUUUUUUUUUUUCCAUGUGUAAGAGUUCACAGCAUAAAUUGACCUCAGUUGUAGCACCAUUCUUGUGCUCUUAAAAGUCAGCUGUGGGAAAGUAACCAGUGACAUGAUGUGCAAUGCCUAAAAAAAUCAUACCUACAACAACCCAGCUCUAUUUAUGUUAAUGUACUUCAAAGAAAUACUUUCUUUUGACUGUGCAGUAAGCUGUAGCAUGGUACUGUGUCUUCCAAAUUAGUCCUUCAUCUAUUUCCUAAAUAAUAAACAAACAGAAACAGUUUGUUUUGCUGUAAUACACUGUGUUUGGCAAAUGUCAUAUUAUAUUUUAUUAUGGUGUCAUUGUAUAACCUGUAGAUUUCUGUAUUUGCAUGACCUGUAUAGCAUGUAUAAAGGUGAAAUACAUUUUCAUUUAUGAAUCUGA